CAGCUUUUAGACCAGACAAGUUUCGCUUUUUCACAAGAAGAUUAUUGUUACUUAAAUAACAUUUUGUGUUCAAAAGCAAGUUUCUUACUUAUAAAUUUGAAUAAAGAAAGUGAUAUUUUAUAUGAAAGUAAUGUCAUGGCAGUGCCUACAGACUUCAGUCAGGACAGUAAAGGAUAGGCUUGAUGUUUGGACUUCAUUUUCCAAAUUUCAACGUUUUAAUUCGAUUGUAGAUAGGCCCUGAAUUUAUACAAAAGUGAUACUUUUUAUCAAGGAAACAGUAUGCAGACAGUUCAGAAGAUAGUUCAUGACAGAGUUACAUCAAGUAAUCCACAGACAAUGUUUAUCAAUUGUGGAGGAGCUGUAUCUACUAUAGCUCAAAACAAAGAUGCCUCACAGGUGGUUGUUGGUGGAAGGAAUGUAUUUAAGAUCUAUAGCGUGGAUGAUGAAUGUUUUGAAGAGAAGUACAAUCUUCGUGUGGGUAAACAUGUGAACCUGAACUACUGUGCCUCUGAUAUAGCCUGGAACCAUACUGAUGAUCAUAUACUAGCUACAGGAGCUACAAAUGGAGCUGUUGUGAUUUGGGAUCUGAGUCGUAUGUCUCGUAGUAAACAAGCUUGCAUUUCAGAGCAUAUAUUCCAAGAGCAUAAAAGAACAGUAAAUAGAGUGUGUUUUCAUGAAAAUGAGCAUAAAUUACUGCUGAGUGCCUCACAAGAUGGCUCAAUGAAGUUAUUUGACCUCCGGAAAAAAGAAGUUAGCUUGAAUUUUUCCAGUGGAAGUACAAGUGUUAGAGAUAUAAUGUUUAGUCCAUGUAAUCUAAAUUACUUUGGUUUUGCAUCGGCUGAUGAAAGUGGUAAUCUUAUGAUAUGGGAUAUGAGACGACCAGACAGGUAUGAGAAGCUAUUUCCUGCACACAGUGGUCCAGUGUUCAGUGUCAACUGGCAUCCAGAAGAUAAAAAUUUGUUUGCAACAGCUGGGAGGGAUAAAAUGAUAAAAGUCUGGGAUUUAAGCAAACAGAAGUGUAUAUAUACCAUUUACAGUAUAGCAUCUGUAGCUAGGAUCAAGUGGCGACCACAGCGAAGGUUCCAUAUAGCAUCAUGUUCCCUGCUUGUAGACUGUAGUAUAAACAUAUGGGAUAUACGUAGACCGUAUGUACCGUUCGCCACAUUUGAUAACCAUAUAGAUGUUACUACAAGUAUGUUGUUUAAGAAUAAGGACCCUCAUGUUAUGUUAAGUGGUAGCAAGGACAGUUAUCUAUACCAGCAUGUAUUCAGGGACGCCAAGCGACCAGGAGAAGAGCUUGUACCAGCUGGGCUUGAUUUUAGUGUGUACGGUACAGUUGGACAUGCAAAUAGUGAUAAACAAGGUAAAUUAAACUCAAUAGGUGAAGGGAGUGGAAUAAUGUCUGGCCUGCUGACAAAGAAGAGCACAGAAAGAAACGACCAUUUUGUUGAUGUAACGGCCUACAUGCAGGUGUUCUCGGACACCGGACAGGUAGUUCCUAUAGAGGAUUUAUCAUGGAUGGUAAUGUCAGCCAAGAACUACAAACUUGAGGGACAUUCAGUGGAGGAGUUAUGUAAACAUAAUUCUAAAGUUGCUCAAUCACUACAUAGAGGGCAGGUUGCCCAGGCAUGGUUGUUGGUACUGACGUUAUACUGUACACAUAUAGUUGAGAGCAAGAAUCUCCAUGUCAACAGGACAUCAUCUGUGAUCUCAUCUGUACUCACUGAGAAGAUUGAUAUAGAUAAAAACAAACAAGCAAAAGAGCCAGAAACAGAUGUUGAUGACAAAAAUAUGGAUGGAACUUCAGGUAAUUCUGAUGACGAUAUGGAAGAUAAAGAGCUAUUUGACGCUAAAUUAUCAAAUAUUGCGAGAGGUCAGAUCAACACUGACUGGGAUAUUUUCUUUGGUGAUGGAGACCCCGGAUCCUUUGAUCUGAACGAAGAUAUUCAAGAGUUCAGUGACUCAAAACAGGAAUGGAUUCUGCCUUCUGAAGCCUUCAAUCCAAGACAUGAAAUUCCUGAUGAAACUUGUAAAAACCCUAAAGGAAGUACCCAGAAAGGUGGACCAGAGACAAGACUGGACCCGGCCAUAGAGAGUGAGAUAGCAGAUAAUGUGGAGAUCAAGGGAACCAAUGAUAAAUAUACCAACAACCUACUAUCUGCUGACAUGCAGUUGAUGCAGAAUCAUGAUUGGGAAUUUGUUACCAUAGUCACUGACAUGAUGAAGAAUUUUGCUGCCGAGGGUGAUGUGCAAACACCAGUAUGUAUGCUGAUUGUUCUUAAAGACAAAGUCAGGAAGUUUAUAGAACCUAACCUUCAGGAAGACUGGUUUUUCUCUUAUAUAGAAUUAUUAGGUAGAUUUAAACUCUGGACUAUUGCCAACUUUGUGAUAAAACUAAGCAACCUACACCAUGUUUCCAUAUUAAAUCAACAAUCGACAACGAUACACGUGAACUGUAACACAUGCCAGAGACCGUUACAUCGUUCCGGCUGGCUCUGUGACCGAUGUAAGAAUAUUAUCAACCAGUGUUGCGUGUGCCAUUUGCCAGUGAAAGGAUUGUUUUUGUGGUGUCAAGGUUGCUCACAUGGUGGACAUUUACAACAUGUGAAAGACUGGUUCUCCAGAAAUGCAGAAUGUCCCACAGGAUGUGGUCAUGUAUGUGAAUAUACUUGACACAGUCUAUGAAGUGAUGUUGACUGGUUACUACAAUGCAAAAGCGUCAAAGAAGUGUAUCUCUUUCUGUGAAAAUAACUGACACAGUCUAAAAUUUAAAGGUUAAUUUCACAGGUUUGUGAGUGCCAUAAGGGAUGUUGCAAAUGGACUAAAUAUAUCAAACAAAUUGUGCUUGCUAUGAAAAUACUAGCCUUGAAAGUCUGAUAAAAUUGAAGACAAAGAAGUCUGCUUGUUACUUAAAUAAAUGGUGUGCAGGCUGGUGGAUAUAUAUUUCUGUAUGAAAUUCAUAGCUGUGCUCUCAUUUCAAUGGGGUGAAAACUAUUUUAUAUUUUAAUGUAGAAGAUACAGACUACAUAUAGAAGGAGGCUUGUUUGAUGCUCCAUAGGAUGAGAAACAAGAUGUACCUUCGUAUCUGUGUAAAUGAUACCUGGCUGUCUUAUAUACAAAUCUGUAUCCCAACUGGCAGUAACACAUAUAGUUGUUUUUGUCCUCUUUGAAUUGUUGUUCAUUUUUCAAAACCCUUCGAUUAUUUUAUAAAUUUUAAGAGACAUGUUUAUAUUAUUUUACUUUUUUUAGAUUCUAAGAUUUCAGUUUGAAAUUCUAAGAUGAUGCAUUGAAGAUUCUUUCUUAUUCAGUUCUUCUUUUUGAAUGUCAAAGGAAGUUUAUGUGAAAAAUGACAGGCUACAGCCAAAAUGAUUUGUUGAUUUAUUUGAAAUACAAAAAUGGUAUGUUUAUGUAUUGUUGUAAAUCUAUUUUUGUUAUGUUAAACUUUUAAGAAUUGUGUGGGUUUUUUUACUAAAGAUGUCAUACAGCUUAGAGUAACUUGGACUAGUUUAAUUGUUGGCAUGCAAACAGUCAAGUCAAUAAAAAGAGAGCAAAUUUUCCAGUGCUGCAGGAAAAAUAUAUGGCUUAAUAAGUUCAUUUAUGAAGCUAUGAUAAUUAUAUAUGUCUUGGUAAAGUCUGAAGUUAUAAGAAUGAUUUAUGACUUGGUAAAGUCUGAAGCCAUAAGAAUGAUUUAUGGCUUGGUAAAGUCUGAAGUCAUAAGAAUGAUUUAUGACUUAAUAAAGUCUGAAGUCAUAAGAAUGAUUUAUGACUUAAUAAAGUCUGAAGUCAUAAGAAUGAUUUAUGACUUAAUAAAGUCUGAAGUCAUAAGAAUGAUUUAUGACUUAAUAAAGUCUGAAGUCAUAAGAAUGAUUUAUGACUUAAUAAAGUCUGAAGUCAUAAGAAUGAUUUAUGACUUAAUAAAGUCUGAAGUCAUAAGAAUGAUUUAUUACUUAAUAAAGUCUGAAGCUGAAAGAAUCAUUUAUGGCUUGGUAAAGUCUGAAUGAUAGAGUUGUUUUCAAAUUCCCAGCAUGUGCUUCAAAAAUAUAUCUGUGAUAAAUUUGUUUAUGAUAUUGUGUUAUAUUUUACUGUUUGAAAAUAAUGAUUUUGUAAGAAUAAAUAAUGUGCAUAAUUUUGUCAUUUACAUUUUACUGUUUUAUGUAUGUUUGUUAUCAUAUUAAUGGUUAUAGUUGUACUCAUUGACCCCCCAUGUUGCCAUGUGGAGCUAAAGCUCAAUAAAGACAAAAUGAAUA